UAGGCAAUUAGGGAGUACAAAAUUACAAAGAGCCCUAGUGGUCUCAAUCAGAAACAACAAGCUGCUCUGAAUUUCCAUGGAACGCUCUAAUCUCAAACGCUCCUUCGAAGCCGACGACGACGACAUGUCCGCCAAGCCUCCACCGGCGAAGAAGAUAAGGUAUCCGAAAGGCAAGAAGGUGAAGCCGGAGGCCGAACAAGCCAGAGCCGCGGGCGGCGAUGCGGUGGCCCCGACGCCGAUGAACGACCCUAGCCUGGCGGCGAAAAAGAGGGCAAAGGAGAGGGCGAGGGAGAAGGAGCUGGCGGAGGCGCAGAUUCGCAGCAGCGAAAUCGCCAAGAUCUUGAGGGAGGCUGACUCAGGCCCCGCCGAGAAGAUCAAAUCGGACUACAAGAACUUCGUCGAGGACGGCAUUCAGUUCGACCCGUUCAACUUGGAGAAGGAGAGGGAAGAAGGCUAUUUCGACGCCGACGGGAAUUUCGUCGAGUAUGUGGAGCAGAAUAUCAAGGACGCUUGGUUUGACAGCCUUGACAAAGCUGUUGAUCCAGAAACCACCAGGGAAUUUGCUGAGAAAUACGGCGACGGUGGCGACGGCGAAGAUGAUGAAGCUGCGCAGGAUUUGAGUUCGGAGGAGAUUGGGAAGAUCAAGAGGCGAAUUGCGGAUGCGCUGGAGCCGGGGGAGACUGUGCUGCAGGCUCUGAGGAGGCUCAAGGGGAACAAGAAGGAGAAGAUGUCGGCGGAGACGAAGGCGGUGUUUGAUCAGCUGACUGAGGAUGCUUUGAUGCUGAUGAUGAAGAAUGGGGAGAACAAUGUGUAUGAUGAGGAGAAGGAGGUUUUCGAGAGGGAGGCGCAGGGGUAUGAGACCUUGGCUAGGGUGAGAAUGGGAGAAGGGAAGUCCAUACUGGAGGACAUGGAGAGUGAUGCUGGGGCUUUGAAUCCCAUUGCGUCCAUUGGUGCUGUUGAUGGUGCCGUGGCUGAUGAUGAUGCUUUUGACAUGUUUGGCGAUGAUGAUCAGCCUGCUGCUGCGCCGGGAUUGGAGGCCAAUGGUGGGGGAAUGGGGAAUGACUAAGCGUUUGAUGAAGGGUCCGGUUACUGUUACAGUUUCAGCUUGGGGUAUUAUUACGAUCCGAAUACUGGGUUGUACUGCUCGGCUGUUUCGGGGUUGUGGUACUCGUACAAUGAGGAGACUGGGGCAUAUGAUGAAGUUGCACACCAGGCACCUGAGGCCACGGCAGCUGCUGUGAAUUGAGUAAGGAAGAGCUGAAGAGAUCUGCUGCUUCUGCGAGUUUUGUGCAAAGUUUGUAAUAGUUGAAUACCAGUGAGUCUAAUUCAACUACUGGCGGCCUCUGUGGAAGCAGGAGGUUGUAGAACUUAUCAUGCAAGAAAAAAACUCUUUCCCUUGCUAUCAACAGCCUUUUUCCACCCACACCAUCCGCCGUUUACUAUUUUCUUGUGUUCAUCGUUUGCCCGUAUAGUGAGGAUCAAGUAUAAGACAUGCAGAGUCUCCGCUUGCAUCAUUGUAAUCAACUCCCAAGAGGGUAUACGCAAGAACUCCACCACCUGCAGUCAUAAAUCAAACUAUUAAGACUUUCACUUUUGUAGUCUCUUUAAAGCUAGUGUCAAAUUCAUGUGAAGUAGAGGAAUUCAUGCCGUACCUGUCAUAAUAGGUGUUCCUUGAUUCCAAAAGUGCAAGGCCAGCCUCGACAUUUUUCAGGAAGCUCAGCUCCAGAUCUAAAAUUCAUGACUUUGCAACUAACCUGUUCAACAUUUAAGUCGAUCAUUUUAAAUUUGGGUGCAUUUGACUUCAGAAAGUAUCAGCAAAUAUCAUUGAUCUACUUACUCCCAAAAGCUUGUCCAGAACAAAGCUCAACUCAAUGGCACCAAUCCAUUCGUGAACUCCGUGAAGGAAUGAAAGAA